AUGGAGAUUUAUUCCCCAGACAUGUCCGAGGGAGCUGCUGAGAGGUCCUCGAGCCCUUCCACUCAGCUGAGUGCAGACCCAUCUCUGGACGGGCUUCCGGCAGCCGAAGACAUGCCGGAGACCCAGACUGAAGAUGGGAGGUCCCCGGGGCUCGUGGGCCUGACUCUUCCCUGCUGCGUCUGCCUGGAAACCGAGCGCCUGAGAGGUUGCCUCAACUCAGAGAAAAUCUGCAUCGUCCCCAUCCUGGCUUGUCUGAUCAGCCUCUGCCUCUGCAUCGCCGGCCUCAAGUGGGUGUUUGUGGACAAGAUUUUUGAGUAUGACUCUCCCACUCACCUUGACCCUGGGGGAUUAGGCCAGGAUCCUAUUAUUUCUCUGGAUCCAACUGCAGCUUCAGCUGCUGUGUGGGUUUCAGCCAAGGCGUACACUUCACCUGUCUCCAGGGCUCAGUCUGAAACUGAGGUUCGAGUUACAGUGCAAGUUGACAAUACCCUUGGGUCCUCAGAGCCCUCGGCGGGCCCCACCCCCAAGAACCGUAUCUUCGCUUUUUCUUUCCGGCCGUCCACUGCCCCAUCCUUCCCUCCACCCACUCGGAGCCCUGCCGUGAGACCAUCCGAGACAGCCACUCAGCCACCAUCAACAGAAACUAAUCUCCAAACUGCUCCUAAACUUUCCACAUCUACAUCUACAGCUGGGACAAGCCAUCUUGUCAAGUGUGCAGAGAAGGAGAAAACCUUCUGUGUGAAUGGAGGCGAGUGCUUCAUGGUGAAAGACCUUUCAAAUCCCUCAAGAUACUUGUGCAAGUGCCCAAAUGAGUUUACUGGUGAUCGCUGCCAAAACUACGUAAUGGCCAGCUUCUACAAGCAUCUUGGGAUUGAAUUUAUGGAAGCGGAGGAGCUCUACCAGAAGAGAGUGCUCACCAUCACCGGCAUUUGCAUCGCGCUGCUCGUGGUCGGCAUCAUGUGUGUGGUGGCCUACUGCAAGACCAAGAAACAACGGAAAAAGCUUCAUGACCGGCUUCGGCAGAGCCUUCGGUCUGAAAGGAACAACAUGGUGAACAUAGCCAACGGGCCCCACCACCCCAACCCACCCCCCGAGAACGUGCAGCUGGUGAAUCAAUACGUAUCUAAAAAUGUCAUCUCUAGCGAGCAUAUUGUUGAGAGAGAAGCAGAGACGUCUUUUUCCACCAGUCACUACACUUCGACAGCUCAUCAUUCCACUACUGUCACUCAGACUCCCAGUCACAGCUGGAGCAAUGGACAUACUGAGAGCGUCAUUUCGGAAAGCCACUCUGUCAUCGUGAUGUCAUCCGUAGAAAACAGUAGGCACAGCAGCCCCACUGGGGGCCCGAGAGGACGUCUCAAUGGCUUGGGAGGCCCUCGUGAAUGUAACAGCUUCCUCAGGCAUGCCAGAGAAACCCCUGACUCCUACCGAGACUCUCCUCAUAGUGAAAGGUAUGUAUCAGCAAUGACCACCCCGGCUCGUAUGUCACCUGUAGAUUUCCACACGCCAAGCUCCCCCAAGUCGCCCCCUUCGGAAAUGUCCCCGCCCGUGUCCAGCACGACGGUCUCCAUGCCCUCCAUGGCGGUCAGUCCCUUCGUGGAAGAGGAGAGACCCCUGCUUCUUGUGACACCACCACGGCUGCGGGAGAAAUAUGACCACCACGCCCAGCAAUUCAACUCAUUCCACUGCAACCCUGCGCAUGAGAGCAACAGCCUGCCCCCUAGCCCUUUGAGGAUAGUGGAGGAUGAGGAAUAUGAAACGACCCAGGAGUACGAACCAGCUCAAGAGCCGGUUAAGAAACUCACCAACAGCAGCCGGCGGGCCAAAAGAACCAAGCCCAAUGGUCACAUUGCCCACAGGUUGGAAAUGGACAACAACACAGGCGCUGACAGCAGUAACUCAGAGAGUGAAACAGAGGAUGAACGAGUAGGAGAAGAUACGCCUUUCCUGGCCAUACAGAACCCCCUGGCAGCCAGUCUCGAGGCAGCCCCUGCCUUCCGCCUGGUUGACAGCAGGACUAACCCAACAGGUCGCUUCUCUCCGCAGGAAGAAUUGCAGGCCAGGCUCUCCGGUGUAAUCGCUAACCAAGACCCUAUCGCUGUCUAA